AUGACCAUGAGUUCGUUUUUGAUAAACUCCAACUACAUCGAACCCAAGUUCCCACCUUGCGAAGAAUACUCACAGCUCGGCGGCGGCAGCGGCAGCGGCGGUGGGAACAACUACCACCCUCCACACUCCCACCAACACCCCCAUCCCCAUCAUCCCCAGCAACAGCCAAAACUACAGCAGCUGCACCUGCGCCAGCCUCUUCCCGAUUUCUACCAGCGGCCGAGCAGAGAGCCGGGAUACCAGCCACCGCAGACCCCCGAGGCGCGGUACCUCACUCAGCCCCCCCACUACCCCGAGUCACCCUACGAGUACAACAGCCUCAGCGCCCCUCCAGGGCAGGAGCACCCAGGUCCCGGAGCCUCGUCACCCCACUCAGCGCCGCUGCCUCCGGCUUCAUCAGCUCCUACUCCGAAGGGCCAUCAAGUGGCCUCCCCACCCUUGCUCCAGGGCCACGGGCCACAGCCUCAGCCCCAGCAGCGUCCUUAUGAAGCAGCUCUGGGAACAGCUACCGGGGGUAGUCCCGGCUGCCCCCUUUUGCCCGAAAAAAGCACGCCCGGCCUCAAAGCGAAGGAGGCGCCGGUGGUGUACCCCUGGAUGAAGAAGAUCCACGUGAGCACGGUCAGCCCCAGCUACAAUGGAGGAGAGCCCAAAAGAUCUCGGACUGCCUAUACAAGACAACAAGUCCUGGAGCUGGAGAAGGAGUUCCAUUUUAACCGCUACCUGACCAGGAGGAGACGCAUUGAGAUCGCGCACACACUCUGCCUGUCUGAGCGGCAGGUCAAGAUCUGGUUUCAAAACAGGCGGAUGAAGUGGAAGAAGGAUCACAAAUUGCCCAACACCAAGAUGCGCUCUUCCAACAAUUCUGGUCUCCAUCAGCCAGCCAAAGCUCCAGCCCAGCAUCACCCACCACGACCCCCAGAACCAGAGCCCCUUUAA